CUUGCAUCAGCCUCUCCUUGCCUGCCUGCCUGCCUGCCUUCCGCCGCCUGGGCCCAGGAGCUGCGAUCGACCCGCUUCUCCGGAUUGCACCCCAGGAGAGCCCUCUUUCUCCCCCGGAGCCCGUCUUCCCAGCCAGCUACAGAACUGUGAUAAGAUCUGAAGAUGCUCACACCUCCACAGGCAUUAUUUGUUAUAAUGCUGCUGGUUAUUUCAAGUGCCGUGAAAGCUCAAGUCAAUCCAGCUAUCUGCCGCUACCCAUUGGGCAUGUCAGGUGGGCAUAUCCCUGAUGAGGACAUUUCUGCUUCCAGCCAGUGGUCUGAAUCCACAGCAGCCAAAUAUGGAAGGCUAGGUUCAGAAGAUGGGGAUGGUGCGUGGUGUCCUGAGAUCCCUGUGGAGCCAGACGACCUGAAGGAGUUUCUGGAAAUUGACUUACAUGCUCUGCACUUUAUCACUCUGGUAGGGACUCAAGGCCGCCAUGCAGGAGGCCAUGGCAACGAGUUUGCUCCAAUGUACAAAAUUAAUUACAGCCGAGAUGGCACCCGCUGGAUCUCUUGGCGAAACAGACAUGGAAAGCAGGUCCUUGAUGGAAACACCAACCCAUAUGACAUUGUUCUCAAGGACUUGGAGCCACCCAUCAUUGGUCGAUUCAUACGCUUUAUCCCUGUGACUGACCACUCCUCAAAUGUCUGCCUCAGAGUCGAACUCUAUGGUUGUAUCUGGCUGGAUGGGCUUGUUUCAUACAGUGCUCCAGCAGGACAGCAGUUGGUUCUACCUGGUGGAAUUGUGAUUUACCUGAAUGAUUCAAUCUAUGAUGGUUACAGCAUGACAGAAGGACUAGGACAGCUGACUGACGGGGUUUCAGGCCUAGAUGAUUUCAUCCAGACCCAUGAAUACCAUGUAUGGCCUGGUUACGACUACGUUGGCUGGCGCAAUGAGAGCACCAACAAUGGCUAUGUGGAAAUCACAUUUGAAUUUGACCGGAUCCGAAACUUUACUACUAUGAAGGUUCAUUGCAACAACAUGUUUGACAAAGGAGUGAAGAUUUUCAAGGAGGUGCAAUGCCAUUUCCGUUCUGAUUCAAAUGAAUGGGAGCCCAACCCCAUCUCCUCGGUGCUGGUGUUAGACGAUGUGAACCCCAGCGCCCGCUUCGUCACUGUGCCCUUACUCCAUCAUAUGGCCAAUGCUAUCAAAUGUCAGUUCUACUUUGCUGACACAUGGAUGAUGUUCAGUGAGAUCACCUUCCAGUCAGAUGCUGCCAUGUACAACAAUUCUGGAGCCAUUCCUGAAUCUUCAGUGACUCCCACCACUUAUGAUCCAACCCUUAAAGUUGAUGACAGCAAUACUCGAAUCUUGAUCGGCUGCCUGGUGGCCAUCAUCUUUAUCCUGGUGGCCAUCAUCGUAAUCAUCCUCUGGAGGCAAUUUUGGAAAAAGAUGCUGGAAAAGGCCUCUCGACGAAUGUUGGAUGAUGAAAUGACCGUCAGCCUCUCUCUACCCAGUGAGUCAAGUAUGUUCAACCACAAUCACUCUACUUCUUCCAGUGAGCCUGAAUCCAGUUCCACAUACGACCGCAUAUUUCCCCUGGGUCCAGACUACCAGGAACCAUCUCAGUUGAUCCGCAAACUGCCUGAAUUCACCCCGAAGGAGGAAGAGGCAGGCUGCAGUGGAAUUACCAAACCGGCCCUGCCAAGUGGAGUUGAGGGUGUCCCCCAUUAUGCCGAGGCAGAUAUUGUUAACCUGCAGGGGGUGACAGGCAGCAACACCUAUUCCGUCCCAGCUAUCACUAUGGAUUUGCUGUCUGGCAAAGAUGUGGCUGUGGCUGAGUUUCCCAGGAAGUUGUUGACUUUCAAGGAGAAGCUGGGAGAAGGCCAGUUUGGAGAGGUCCACCUAUGUGAAGUGGAGGGGAUGGAGAUGUUCAUGGACAAUGGUUCUAUUUUGGAUGGUGACUUGAAGCAGCCUGUCCUACUGGCCGUGAAAAUGCUGCGAGCCGAUGCCAACAAGAAUGCCAGGAAUGACUUUCUUAAAGAGAUUAAGAUCAUGUCCAGAUUGAAGGAUCCCAACAUUAUCCGGCUGCUGGCUGUAUGUAUCACUGAUGACCCACUCUGCAUGAUUACAGAGUACAUGGAAAAUGGUGACCUCAACCAAUUUCUAUCUCGCCAGGAGCUCCAAAGCUUGAUAGUGAGCUCUGCCUCUGCUGUCAGCUAUGCUGAUCUGAAGCUAAUAGCCACACAAAUCGCUUCUGGCAUGAAGUACUUGUCCUCACUGAAUUUUGUUCAUCGAGACCUGGCUACACGCAACUGUCUGGUGGGGAAGAAUUAUACCAUCAAGAUAGCUGACUUUGGUAUGAGCCGGAACCUCUACAGUGGAGAUUAUUACAGGAUCCAAGGGCGCGCAGUACUCCCUAUUCGUUGGAUGUCAUGGGAGAGCAUCCUCUUGGGAAAAUUCACCACAGCCAGUGAUGUCUGGGCAUUUGGUGUGACACUUUGGGAGACCUUCACUUUUUGUCGUGAGCAGCCGUAUUCUCAGUUUUCAGAUGAGCAAGUAAUUGAGAACACCGGGGAGUUCUUUCGGGAUCAAGGGCGGCAGACCUAUCUUCCACAGCCUGCAUUGUGUCCUGAUUAUAUAUACAAGCUAAUGCUCACCUGCUGGAGACGAGAUACCAAAGAUCGUCCCUCCUUCCAAGAAAUCCAUUGCCUACUCCAAGAAGCACCUACUUCAUAGCGAUGCUUUCCUUUCAAGCUCCAAACCUAUGUCACCUUUCUUCCUUUCUUUUCCCACCUUCCAAAAUGUACACUUGGAACUAUUCUUGGACUCACCAUUUCCUUUGACACCAGAGCUGGAAUUUCAAUCUCACCAAUGGACACAAAGAAAUUGGGAUCUGACCACAUCGAUCACCUAGCUACAUUCAAGGUGCUGUGCUUUGGACUGGCAAAGACUGUGAAAAACAAGUGUUUUUCUUGUAAAUGUUGUAGGAUCUGAUGUACAAGUAGAUUUGUCUAUAGGGGACCUUGGGGGGGUGGGGGGGGAGAGAGAAGCAAGUUCUUUACAUAAGAAAGAACUUGAAACAUAACUUGAGUGUGGAACUGAGCUGGGAAGAAACAUACAGAGCAGGGAAAUACUGAAGUAUCUACAGUACUUUAUGCCCACAGCUAAGUGUAUGUCACAGACUGUAGAUAUGUAGAAUGUGGCAAAGAAUUUUGCUUCUUUCAUUUUUAUUAGAACAUGAUUUUAUUCCUUAUUGCUAUGUAUAUAGGCUUGAUAAUGUGUGGAAAAUACUUGCUGACAUUUCAGAAGCCAAAAGAGUUACUGAAAUUAAAUGACCAGUGAUUUUAGAUAGGCCUCAGUGCCACAUGAUUAACCAAUCCAGACUAACCUAUGUAAAAUAAUUUUUAAAUUGUGUAGUGUUCUGAUUGUACACAUUGUACAGGUUAAAUGUACAUGCUGCAGAUUUGGAUUACUUUGUGCAUUUUGUCCUGUUGGUGUUCUACGUGAAAUACCAGAUGCUGAGCUGAUCCCCUGAACAAAAUUUCAGAUUCUGGGGCAGUCAACUUCGGAAAAGAAAAAAAAAACAAUUUCUGAUGCCUAAUUGUGAGUGAUGGUUGCUACCCUACCACCUUGCUGCUUGAAUUCCGGGAACAUGUGGCUGACUGUGCUUGAAAAUGGGAUGCCCUACUCGAUAACAGGGUUUUGUGAUUUUUAAAAAACAUAGACAUAAGGGUCCAACUCAGCAUGCAGUAAAACACAACUGCCGGUUUAAUGAGAUAGAUAGAGAAUCCACUACCUCUUCAAAGAUAGAAAAUCCACUACCUUCUUAAUAUUUAGGUGAAAUUCCUUUUCUUGUAAUUUGAAUCCAUUGGUUUGUGUUCUAAAUUCUGAAGCAGCAGAAAACAAACUUGCUUCAUCUUCUACAUGACAUUCCUUCAGAUAUUUAAAGAUAGCCUUCAUGUCACCUCUCAGUUUUCUCUUGUCCAAGCUGAACACACAUAACUCCCUAAACCAUUCCACAUAAUAGGGCUUGGUUUCCAGACCUUUGAUCUUCUUGAUCUCCCUUCUCUGGACACAUUCCAGCUUGUCACUAUCUGUCUUGAAUUGUGAUGCCCAGAAAUACAAACGUUAUCCCAGAUGAGGUCUGAACAAAGCAGAAUCGAGUGGCACUUCUGUUUCCCUUAAUCUGCACACUAUACGCUUAUUCUUCAGAAGAGGAAGGGGAGCAGGAAAGUGUUCAUGAAUCUGAGGGUGAGUUGGAAUCUGAGGAGAUUUUGCAAGUACGCACAUUUCAGGAGAGGCAAAAGGAAACAGACACGUCACUCAGCUAGAAUAGCUGCCAGAAAUGCAGCUGAGUAAUUAGGAACUGCCCAAGCAGCUGUGAGGGGACUCAGGGCUAUAAAGCAGGAGCAGGUGCAGCCAGCUCUUGCUGGUAACAAUUGACUCUUCGCUCCCCUUGUGCCUGCUUCAAGUCUGCAUCUGGGAAAUUGCUCCUAAGGAUUUAUUACUGUUUCUUUGUCUGAAGUAAGACUGUUAUUUGAUUUGGGAAUUUAACAGAGACUAAGAACUGUGUUUACCCUAAGACUUCCUUGCUUCCUUUUGCAUUAUUCCACUGAGUGUGCUGUACUUUAUGUUUUGCUGAAGUAAAGCAGUUUUCAUUUACUUGC